AUGUCUACAUGGAAAUCCAAGCAAAACGUCGGUUUGCCGCUCUACUACAAAGAUAAGCCACAGAACAACUCCUCACAGAUAUCUCGUGUCAGAGGUCUUUGGCGAGCACUGUCCAAGACACAAAGACUGGUGAUCAAAGGGGUGGUCUUUUUCGUGGCAUUUUAUGCCUUGUUAUCACGCUACGUUUUUCCUUCGAAAAACUCAACAGACAUAUGGACUGCUCGUCGAAAUCGUGUCAAGGACGUGUUUCUAGAGAGUUGGAGUGACUACACCCGUCAUGGGUGGGGGAAAGAUGUCUAUAGACCUGUUUCGCAACAAGGAAGAAACAUGGGAAGGUUCCCUCUUGGCUGGAUCAUUGUGGAUUCUCUCGAUACGCUUAUGUUGAUGAACUGUGAAGAAGAACUCAGAGAGGCCAGAUCGUGGGUGGCCAAUGAGCUCAACUACGAUUUCGACUACAACGUCAACACUUUCGAAACAACCAUAAGAAUGUUGGGUGGCUUAUUGUCUGCACAUUAUUUGAGCGAGGAUGAUGUGUACCUUGAACAAGCGACAAAAUUGGGAAACAAGCUGAUUGGAGCAUUUGAUUCUGGAAAAGGUAUUCCUUAUGCAUCGGUCAACCUCAAAUCAGGAAAGGGUAUACCCAGCCAUGUAGAUAGAGGUGCAAGUUCGACUGCUGAGGCAACCACUGUUCAAUUGGAAUUCAAAUAUCUCGCCCAAUUGACCGGAGAGGAGCUCUACUGGCAAAAGGCCGAGCGUGUGAUGCAAUCGCUGAACGAGGCCAAUCCACAAGAUGGUCUAGUUCCAAUCUACAUCCAACCUGAUACAGCAACAUUCCAGGGUAAAAUCAUAAGACUAGGGUCUCGUGGUGACUCGUAUUACGAGUACCUGCUGAAACAAUACAUCCAAUCAAGGGAACAGGUUUACUUAGAGAUGUAUCUGGAGGCCGUUGCUGGAAUUCGCAAGCACUUGGUUCGCUAUUCGACUCCUAACCAUCUGAUGUUCCUUGGAGAGCUUGAUCGUGGAAUCGGUUCUCCUUUGAGCAACAAGAUGGACCAUCUGGUUUGUUUUGCAGGAGGGAUGUUUGCUCUUGGUGCUACUGAGGGACUGGAUUACGAAACUGCAAGCAAGCUUUCCACAUGGACUGAAGAGAAGGAGCAACAGAUGACCAUGGCUAAAGAGCUUACUCACACGUGUUACAGAAUGUACCACGAUGUUCCAGGAACUGGUCUUUCGCCUGAAAUUGUUGUCUUCAAGACCGAUGUCAAUGGAAAAGACGAUUUCUUCAUCAAAAAUGCAGAUAAACACAAUCUUCAAAGACCUGAAACCGUCGAGUCGUUGUACUACUUGUACAAGAUCACAGGGGAUAUUAAAUACAGAGAAUGGGGAUGGGAAAUCUUUGAGAACUGGGUCAAAUACACCAAGGUCACCACUGGAGGAAAGGACAGUUUCCCAAGAUACACAUCUUUGAAAGACGUCACGAUGGAUCCGCCAAGAAUGAUUGACAACAUGGAGUCGUUCUGGCUAAGCGAAACCUUGAAGUACCUUUAUCUUUUGUUUGACGAUGAGACCGAUCCCAAGUGGGAUUUGGAGAACUCCGUGUUCAACACGGAAGCGCAUCCGUUCCCAAGAUAUUCAAAGCCACCAUUUCCUACUGGCUGGAGACGUCAAGGAGAAUUCGAGGGAGAUGGCUCGAAACAGGAGCAGGAGAUAGAGGAGCCUAAAGAGAAACCGGUGGCAGAACAGGUUGUCGAGCCUGUGGUUGAUGUUCCGGAAGCCAAGUUAAAGGCCUCGCAAGAUAAUGCGGCUGUGGCUGAUGCCAUCAAGCAGAAAGGCGAGCUACCUGUGGCUAAACAACCGGUGGCCAAGCCAUUGAAUGAGCAGGCAGAUAGUAUCAAGGAGGAGAUUGUGGCUGAGGCUCAAGUCUGA